AUGGAAGCCCUUGAUAGUCAGGGUGUCCUUACUCAGUGCACAAAGAUUCUGCGUGAGUUACACAAAAAUUUCACAUCCAAGAUAGCACCAUUCUACAACGAUAUUAACAUCGACGUCAUAAGAGAGUUUAGGCAAGGCGAUACCAUCUCGUCAAAAUUAUUUACCGCCACCAUCGAAAACGUCAUGAGAACAUUGGAAUGGGAUAAUAUGGGAUUGAAAUUCGAUGAUCGGCAGUUACACCAUCUUGGUUUUGAAGAAGACGUCGUCUUUAUAACAUCAAAUAUUAGCCAAGCGGAACGAAUGCUGGCUGACUUCGAUAAAGCCUGUGGAAAGACUGGUCUUCGAAUGAAUCUCACAAAAACGAUGUUCAUGAGAAAUCGCCAGUUAUGUCUAUCUUGGUCGGAAAAUCAAGAAGCGGCUUGGGGAGCGUUCAAGAGCAUCGAAAAAGUACUCAGGAGAACAAAGAACACCCGACUCCGUGCCCACUUUUUCGACUCAACCGUGCUUCCUGCGUUAACAUAUGCGUUGGAAACCUGGUCGCUGCGUAAGCAGGAUGAAACUUCCCUCAGCGUUAUCGAACGCGCAGUCGAAAGGACGAUGUUAGGAGUAUCCAGUGUCACGCAAGUUGGGAAAGGAAUCCGAAGCUUCAACCUUCAACGAUUAAAAAUCAAAGAUCCCGUUCUCUACGUCGAACAAUCCAACACAAGGUGGGCCAGACACGUAAUGCGUGUGAACGAUAACCAAUGGACAAGAGCCGUUAGUGACCGUAUUCUUCGGGAUUUUAAACGCAGACCACCAAUCCGAUGGUCGGAGUUCUUCACGAAAAACCUAGAAGAAGGAUAUGAUACUCACCGUGUUCCUAGAGCGAGCAAAACCCACUGGGCUACUCUUGCACGUGACAGGGAAAAAUGGAAGAUUUACUGA